GGGCAUGAUGUAUUUAUGUAUUUCUACAUUUCAUCUUGUAGAUUCACCGACGACACUGAGUCAGCGGAGCAAAAGUUUGAUCCGGACAAACGGCUACGAAAAAUUUUAAGGAAAGCCAAACGGAAACAAGAGGAGGCUCGUAAUUUGGCACAAGAUGGGUGUCUGCAAACAGAUUCGGCAGACAUUACACUUGAAUGUAAUCAAAAGGAUGGCAAGAAGAGGGAAAUUAGUGACAACCGACUUGCCCAGGGUAAUGCUGUGGUGCCACUUGUUAAGAAAGUCAAGCUGGAGGCUCAGAACGGUGACGCAGCUCUAGCUGUUGCAGCACCUUUGUCUGAUGUAGUGGCAUUGGAAACCUCAGCAGUAAAAAAGAAAAGUCGGAGAAAGAAAAGCCAACAGCCUCGCAUGCGACGUGACAGACGCAAUGAAAACCUUAGUGUUGCUGGUGACAAUGGAGCCAACGACAAUCUGCCAGCAGGAACAGAACCCACCGUAGAUCACCAACACGAACGUUCUGCAUUGGAUGACGAGUUAGAUGGUGGUAAGGUUGAAGACGCAAGAGAAGAUGACCACAAACCUAUGCAAGAAUCUGUUGAAACCAGUCCUGAAGAAUAUUAUCCAAUUCUGGGUGAUGUGCAGGUGAAAAGAGCAGAUGUUGUUCACCGAGUCCUACCAGAAUGGUUAUCCAAUCCAGAGAUGGUUGCAUCAAUUGUGAAGAAAGGCAAAAAGCCUGGUAGCAGGAAAGUAGAACACUUCAGCAGCAGCCUAAGUGCUGAGAUGAUGUCUAUGUUGGCCGCAAACCACAUACGGAAGCUAUUUCCUGUUCAAGAAAAAGUGGUUCCAUGGUUGCUUUCAUCAGAGCAACGGCGUUCGCACCUGCCGCCACGAGAUAUUUGUGUUUCUGCACCAACAGGUAGUGGCAAGACGCUUGCGUAUGUUAUACCUAUUAUAGAAGACCUAAAACUUCGUGUUGUGCGGGCAGUUCGUGCUGUUGUUGUCCUUCCCGUAAAGGAGCUCGCAGCACAAGUCCAUGCUGUGUUCUUGCAGUAUGUUGGUGCAACAUCACUGAAUGUGCAGUUGGUGACUGGGACGAAAACAUUUGCCGAAGAACAGGGACUACUUGUUCGCAAAGGUGCUAAGGGCUAUGCGAGCUUAGUGGACAUUGUGGUGGCUACUCCGGGACGUCUCCUUGACCACAUACGCAAGACUCCUGGCUUUAACCUACAUCUGCUUAAGUUUUUUGUGCUUGAUGAAGCUGACCGAGUUAUUGAAGAUGUGCAGACAACGUUAAUUCCUGAGGUAGAACAAGCUGUGUUCGGUACAGGCAAGAUGAACUGCUGUUGUGGAGGGACUGUCCACGACCGGCUGUGCACACAUCCAUUGACUGUUUGCAGUCUUCAGCAUUGCCGAGAGCCCGUACAAAAGCUGCUGUACUCAGCAACAUUGACUCAGGAUCCUGACAAACUGCAAAGCCUUAUGCUUUUUCAGCCAAAGCUCUUCACAGCCACUGCCACUGUCAACAUGCCAGGUGAUGAACAGCGGCAGAAAACUUUUGUUGGAAAGUAUACCACACCACAGGGGCUUAGUGAGUUCUACUACCUCACUCAUGAUAACACAAAGCCAUUGGCUGUAUGGGAUCUUGUGGCAAAUCAUGGUUUCCGGGACACCCUUUGUUUUACUGCUUCUAAGGAGGACGCCCACAGGCUUAGCUUGGUGCUUAAAGAAAUGGGUAAUGUUCGUGCUGAAGAAUUUUCUGCAAAACUGAGCACAGCAGAACGUGCACGAGUACUGAGAAAGUUUGCAUCUGGAAAGCUGGAAAUCUUAGUUUGCUCAAAUGUUCUGGCCAGAGGUCUUGACGUGGCGAAUGUGCGGCAUGUCAUAUGCUAUGACCCUCCAAAGUUUAUUAAGACAUACGUACACAGGGUGGGUAGGACUGCACGUGCUGGUGUUCCAGGCACAGCCGUGACAUUUCUGCGGCAAGGUCAGUUACAAGCUUUCAAGGAAAUGCUUUCGUCAGCUGGGAAGACAGACAUUCAGCCUCUCAAUCUUAGUGACACUGAUGGGCUUGAAUCGCUUCAAAGCAAGUAUCGGGAUGCUCUAAAGGCUGUUGAAGCUAUUGUGAAAAGUGAGCAAAUUGGCCCAGACAGAAAGAAAAAGUACAACUUUGCUGCCAAGUCUGCAGUACUUAAUGAAAGACCUAAUGUGAAUACAGCAAAUGGGGGUUCCACUGUGUAACGACUCUCUUCUCUGCAGCCUGUAUAUAUGUGGAAUAAUCACUAUGUAAGCAAAAUAAAUCAUCUGGACUUUAUUGAUGCUCA